AUGGGAUACUUUUCCAAACGAAACAUAUUUAUCUACUGCUGCGUUUCAGCAUGUUUGUCAUUGCUCACCUACCUGGUGGCGUUCUCUUGCGAAAUCUCCUGGAUACUGGAGGCCCGAGGGGACCUGCCCAUACCGGCCUAUCUGUUGUGUGCCCAGUAUUUCAUUCUCUUCAUUUCGUCCGCAAUCUUGAUACACGGCCUGUCAACGGCCAUCUCGUGGGGUCUGCUCAGCUGGUCGAUCAUUAUCGGUGUGCUGUCGGUACCGGAACUGGCACUAGUCAUGUAUAUGACCAUACAGUAUUGGGGUCUACAAUCGGCGCACGGGCUAACGGAAUUAAUUGGAUAUUUAAUACGUUUAAUAGUCAACUGUUUGGCACUGCUGUGCGUUAUUCCUACAGCACUCAGAUGGCGACAGGAGAAGAAAGUAUUAUCCCAGCUCGAAUCGCUGGCAUCGCGACUUCAGCUGACGACCCCUACACCGACCACGCCGUUUAACACCACCAACGGCAUGAAUUCGCUGCGUGCGAGCAAGAGAAGCACCCAGGGUGGCCCGGGAGUGGCCAGCCGGCGCCCAUCGACCGGCUUCGACAACCCCGGCUACGUACCGCACGAAAACGCCUCCAUGGACAUCGUCCAGCAGUACACGGCGUACAACAAUCUGUACGGUUCGCAGAGCGAGUUCAACGCCAGCAUCUUCGGGCUCAAUCCGUCCCAGUACAUCGGGCCACCGCCGCCGCCGAUUGUGAACGAGUGCAAAAAGACACAAUCGCUGCUCGACCUACGCUUUAUCUUUCCACCAAAGUUUCUCACCACGCAUGCCACGAUCAGUGAGAAGAAGUCCAAAGAAUCCACGCCGGCCGGCGACGAACCGGACAGCGUGACGCUGCACAACAACCUGAAGAACCAGAUUCACAACAAACUGCACGACGUGCCGGAGAACGGGACGCUCCGACAGGGCUUGGCGGGAGGACGCGAAAAGGACACCAACGCGUCGAUCGAUCAGCACUCGGGCACGGUGGCCAUCUCGGGAGACGCGCCAAACGAUCCCAUCUACCACACGAUCGAGUCGACCAAGAACAACAAAAUCCUCGGACGCAAUUGUGUCUCGCUGGAGAACCUGGGCAACAUCACGUUCUCCGAGUCACCGCUGCCGGUGAAGAAACACGACCUACCGUACUACCGGUACGGGCACAAUCUGCUCAAGAACUACGCCAUGAACCCGUGGAACGUGCUCGCCUACAAUCCGGCCUACAGCGCCUACCCGCCGGCGUACUAUCACUACCACCUCAUGAACCCGUAUCAUCUGUACCAAUUGCAGAACCACCAGCAGCAACAUGCGGGCCACUUCCCCGGCGCCGGAAGUCCCAUGCCCCCGGGAGGCUACUUUGCGGGGCAUCCGCACGCAGGUCCGCACGGUGUGCCGGGUGGUCCCGCUAGCUACGGCAAAAAUCACUCCCACCUAACGAGCUACGGCUACGGCAACAACCUAUACCCGAACGACAGUCGGCAGUCUCUGGGCAACGAAUCGGAUGACUUUCGAAAGUACCGCGAUGUGGCACUAUAGUCCGUAACACCCGGGUCACACAAUGGACGCGGUGUAGCCGUAGUAGCAGUAGCAAUAGGUUGUUAUUACCAUGCCAAACCAAGGGACAGAGCAAUAUGAUUAUGAGUAGACUGUGGAUGAACAUUCCAAACGGUAGCCGAAUGUACUGGAAAUACUCAGUUGUAAGAUUUAGCAUGUAAGAGGGCGAGAAAAUUAAAACAAACGACCACCUUGAAUACACGUGGAAAUGAAACCGGAUAGAAGACCGUAACGACUCAGUUACCUCAUGGGGGCAAAAGGGCGAACACUGGAAAGGGUUUUGUUUUGGUAGACUUUUACUUUUCGUACUAAUCAAGGACCUCAGCUACCUUCGAAUACCGUUCUUGUACAGGAACCUGAAGUGAUUACGAAGAAUGUUAUUUAUUAUACACUAGCAUAGUAUUAUUAAUACAACGGAAAGACGAU